GUUGAGGCCGGAAAUGUGACAUUAUUUUCAUUUAUCACCCAUGAUCCUUGUUACGGCAGUCUGACCACCGGUAAACACUCAUCCUGCCGCUUCUCUUUUCUUCUCCUCGGCCAGAAACCAAUGCGGGUGCCAACUACUGGCGUCGGAAAAGCCACCUCCUCCGCCGCCGCCACCGAAUUAAGCACCAAAUCAGACGCGGCAUUCGAUUUGACACACCUCGACUUACCCUUCCAACUGAUCAAAUCGGAAACUAUCCCUCCUGCUCCGACCCGAACCGAAUCCGCCAUCGAUUGGUUACCGGACUACCUAGGUCACGCAUGGAUUGCCUACGCAGCCUCGUCGCUUCUCGUGAUCUCUCACUUUCCAUCUCCUUCUGAAAACAACGAAAGCCCUGUGGAUCCCUUUUUCCGGCAAGUUAUUGAACUUUCCUCCGACGGCUCCGGGGAUGUCUCUGCGGUUUCAUGGUCUCCGUCUGUGCUGUCGUCUGGAGAAGUAGCAGCCUCUUCGGACAACCGUAUUGGAGUAUUUUCACAUAAUUCAGAAGGUUCUUUUUGUUGGAGCCAGACUGCAAUCCUUGUGCAAGCCACAAACAUCAAGGCCAUUAAAUGGACAGGUUCAGGAGACGGAUUAAUCUCAGUUGGAAUCGACAUUGUCUUAUGGAAAAAGAAAAACCUCUCUUGGGAAAUCUCUUGGAAAUUCACACCCGAGUUCCCUCAAGCUUUACUUUCUGCCACCUCAUCAAUCGAAGGCCCAUUUGCAACUGCACCUCUAAAUAAAGACACCAACAAUUCUGUACUAAUCGGUCAUGGAAAAUCAAAAUGCAUCAAGUCUGAGCUCCAUCAUCAUGUCCCCAUUUCCAUGAUCCAAUGGAGACCUUUAGUAGCAAACCAUUGGAAAAAGAAACCCACAAAUGCCCUCAAGAUGGUUUUGCUAACAUGUUGUGCUGAUGGAACUGUAAGAUUAUGGAGUGAGAUUGAUGAUGGUAAGUCCAGGAAGACAACAGGGAAGGGCAAUAAAGACCAAUCAUCUUUUCGAGUUGCUGCCACAAUUGAGAUAAAUGAAACCCUAAAUGGCAUUCUUGGUUGUGAUGUUUUCAUAAGAUGGGCCACUGAACUUGAUGGUAUUGUUAACAUUGGUAAAAAGGGUACUCCAUAUUUUCCUUCAGAAGAGUAUCACCAUGGUAAAUCUGGGAAAUGUGAUUGGUUAAUUUCUUUUGGUCCUCAAAUGAUGGUAACCUUUUGGGCUAUCCAUUGUAUUGAUGAUUUUUCACCACUUAGAUUCCCACGAGUUACAAUGUGGAAAAAGCAAGAAUUACCAGGUUCCAAAACAGGAACAAGCUUUCUACUAAACAAAUCUUUCAUAUCAAGAAACGGAUUCUUUGGCCCACCAGACGUAUGCUCUGUAAUUCACUUAUUACCUAAUAAUCAUUUGAAGUGGUUACAAUUUCAUAAACACACAUCAAAUACAACUGAUUCGAUUUUGUCUAUUGCUAAUGGAGCUUUAAACAUAAAUGGUCACACUGGAAAGAUUUUGCAAAUUGCAUUGCAUCCUUAUGGAGGUUACCCUGAACUUGCUGUUUCUUUGGAUGCUAAUGGAGUGAUUCUAUUUUGGUCAUUUUUGAGCUCUGGCUUCAAGCUUUCUGGAGAGUUUGUAGUUCAAGAUUCUCCAUGUGAAUACACUAGCUUGAGGUGGGCCCCUUCAUUAAUAGAUGAUCACAGGGUUUUACUAAUGGGACAUUCAAGAGGCAUAGAUUGCUUUUUAGUUGAAGUUUGUGAAAAAGAAGACUUGAUAUCAUGUCAGAAACUAUGUACUAUCCCUUUUGAUUGUGAUGAAAAUGGGCCCACGAGUAUCUUUUCAAUUCCUUUGACUUCUACAUGUAACACCUUUUUGUAUAACAAAUUUAUGGUGAUAGCUAUAUGGAAAGAGAAGGACCACUUUCAGGCAUUAUCAUGGAAAGUUACAAUUCAUCCUUCAGAUACGCCAGGUGGCGAAUGUAAAUACAGUAUUGACUUUGACCGGUGUUCAUCUACAUUUCCAGAUCCAUAUAACCAUGAUAACAUUACAAGCUAUUCUGUGGUUGGUAUGUAUAACUUCUCUUCAUCUAAAGAACAGGAGAAAAGUUUUGUUGGUGAAAUGUUUGACAAUUCUGUUGCAUAUCAUAUAAUUACUGGUUCUUUUGAUGGUAGUUUAAAACUAUGGAGAAGUAUGGAUCAAGAGUGGGAAUUAGUAGGCAAAAUUGCUGCUCAUGUGGGCCCGAUUAUGAAAAUAAAUUCAACUGAUUGUGGUAGAAAGAUUGCAACUUUAUCUAACGAAAACACUAUUUAUAUAUGGGAAUGUGUGUAUCUUGGAGGAAUUGGGAGUUUUUUACUUGAAGAUACCAUAAAUCUUGAUGGAGGUGGUGUUGUUGUUGGUUUUGAUUGGUUGACUAUAGGUAAUGGUCAACUUCUGCUUGGAGUUUGCUUGCAGAAUGAAGUGCAUGUGUAUACCAUGAGGCGUUGUGUAAGUUCAGAAGAAUCCAAGGAUGGAAAUGAAAAUAGAAAUAUUUGGUUUUGUGUUGCAAAAAGACAAACUCGCCCCUGUAUCCGUGAUUUUGUUUGGGGACCUAAAGCGACAGGUGUGAUUGUUCAUGAUGACUACUUUUGUCUUUUCAGCCAGUGGGUACUUCCUAAUGGUGGAUCAGAUGGAUUUAAGGUCCCUGAAAUUAUUUAUGAUUCUGAUACUCAUGCUUUUGAAAACCUGAAAUUGAAAGAUCAACAGAAAUAUAAUAAUACCAAUAAUACAGGUAUUGGUGUAAGGAGUGUUUUGGAAAUAGCAGAAAAUGUUGGUGGAUCUCUUCCUACUUAUCACCCUGAAGCUCUUUUGGUGAAUAUUUAUUCAGGAAAUUGGAAACGUGCACAAAGUGCACUGAGUCAUCUCUUUCAGCAUCUUACAAAUAACAAGGAUUUGAAAACAAACCCUAGAAUCCCACAAAUGAGCUUGUCAGACUAUCUUGAAGGACUAAUUUUGAAAAAUUCAAACAGCAAAGCGUUCAAAUGGAGUGGUGACACAUAUUCAAACACAUCCACAUGGGAUCCUAAUUCCAAUGAUUUCAGCAAUUCAAUCGAUUCCAGUCCUAAAAACUCUGGAUUGAGUGGAUUCACUGAUUCCAUUGAGAAGCUACAUGACCUUUCAGACAUUGAAAAGAUGCAAAUUCUUGCUGUUAUUGAUCUUCUUGAUGAAAUUAGCAAUUCAAACACAUCAUCACCAUAUGAAGGUCUUGACAUACCUGGUAGAAGGUUCUGGGUUGCAGUAAGGUUUCAGCAGCUUUAUUGUGUGAGAAGACUAGGGAGACCACCAUCCAAGGGCGAUUUGGUCAUUAACUCAUCCCUUAUCGCCUGGGCUUUCCAAUCCGAUUGUCAAGAAAGCUUGUUUGAAUCACUUCUGAAUAAUGAUUCAUCAUGGGAUGAAAUGAGAACCAUGGGUGUUGGAUUUUGGUACACAAAUCAAGCACAGUUGAGAGUCAAGAUGGAGAGGCUAGCAAAACAGCAAUUUUUAAAAAACAGGGAUCCAAAAGCUUGUGCACUUCUUUACAUAGCUUUAAACAGGAUACAAGUUUUGGCAGGUCUUUUUAAAAUCAGUAAAGAUGAAAAAGACAAACCACUGGUGGCAUUUCUUUCACGUAAUUUUCAGGAGGAGAAAAAUAAAGCUGCUGCUUUGAAAAAUGCUUAUGUGUUAAUGGGAAGACAUCAGCUGGAGCUUGCUGUAGCUUUCUUUUUGCUUGGAGGUGAUACUGCUUCUGCUAUUAAUGUCUGUGCAAAAACUCUUAAAGAUGAACAACUUGCUCUUGUGAUUUGUCGCCUUCUUGAAGGGUAUAAUGGUCCAUCAGAACAUUAUAUUACAUCAAAGUUUCUGCUUCCAUCUGCUUAUGAAAAUGGUGACUACUGGAAAUCAAGUUUCCUUGAGUGGAUAUUGGGGAAUUACUAUAAAUCUUAUCUGAGUUUAAUUGGUGACCAAAUGGAUUUCUCAAGCAAUAACUUGGCCUUUAUAGAUCCAAGCAUUGGUCAAUAUUGUCAAAUGUUGACCAACAAAAACCAGAUGAAAAAUGCUAUUGGAGAACAAAAUACCUCGAUUCUUGUUAGAUGGGGUGUCUUAAUGAGCUCUACUGCAUUAAGCAGAUGUGGUUUACCUCUUGAAGCUUUGGAGUGCCUUGCAACUUCUAACAGCAUAUUCAGUGGUUCAACUCAAAGUGCAUUAGAUAAUUCAGAAUCCAAAAUUCUGAAUGAGAGACUGAAUCCAUCUUCAUCUUCUUCAAAUUGGGUAUCUGCUGACGUGGCAUUGCGUAUGCUCUCACAUGCAAAAUACAGUUUUGCAAUGCAAUACAUUUCAAAUAUGUUAACAGAGCAUCCAAGUUGGCCAGAAAAUAUCCAGACUGAAGCUAUUCAGUAUAACACACAGCUUUCUAAUUUUGGAAAGAAGUUAAACACAGGGCUUGCUUAUUUUGAGCAGAAGUAUUCCUUAAAUCGCCACCAUCUGAUUAACAUGAUUACAGGUUAUUUAUACAACCAGGACCUCAUGUUUAUUGCUUGUGAUAUAUUGCAACAUGACACUUCUGAAGAUAUUUCACACAGAAAUCCAUGUUACCCUUCACUGCCAGCUGUCCUUCUGAAGUCCAUUAAAGAUUUUUCCUAUUUAUUUUCAAGGUAUAUCAUAUUUUGUAGAAUGACUUGCUCUGAGACAAAACUACAUUCCAUUUAUAUGAAGAAUCUCUUGCUGAUGGUGUCAAAGAUAAGAAAUGGGCUGAAAUUGCAAAGCUUUCCACAAUCGCCCUUAUUCGUUCUUGAUUUAUGUGAAUACUACAUAUAUUUCGCAUCCAUUUGGUUCCAAAAAGAUUCUACAAGUCUCAUUAUUGUUUUGAAACAAAUUCUGCUUAGAUAUUCCAAUGAAUCUUCAUCUUCUUCAUCCUAUGGUUCUAACAUGGAAACCUUGAAAAAAAUCCUUCCGGAAAUAGCCAUGUUGGUAUGUCACAAUAAAAUGAAUGUGGGGCCCGAAAGCGAUAAAUGGCAGAUUAUACGCGCUUUUUUGUGGGGACUCAUGUCUGGAUUUCUGAAAUACCAAAUUGAUUCCAUUCCGGAGAAUCUUGAAGAUAAGUACUCAGUGGAAUUGACCAGGUUACUAAAACUGGAAUCAGAGGAUUCCAUAUCUUAUUGUGCAAAAGAGCUUGCGUCAUUUUUACUGCGGAAAGGGAGGGACCAGUCAAACGAGCCCAUAAUAUUUUGGUUGGAAGAUCUGUGUAGGUCAACGCCGAUAACCACUUUUCAGAAUUUUGGUCAAGGAGUUGACUUUUCUAGAAUAAUGAGUAACGAAGAUGGAUUAUCAGGUUUUGAAGUACUUUGGAAUGUGUUUGAUAAUCAUAGAAUGUUAUGUGGAGAUUUUGUGGUGGAAUAUUCCAAAUGGUCGAAGCUUAUCAAACAGAAACAUUCUAAAGGAUGGAGUGACACGUAUGCAGACAUCAUAGGUGAUCAUGAAGCUUCUGAAAAUGAUAAUCAAGAUGGGAUUUCAUCUCCUGUAACGGAAUUCACGAUUCCAUUCCAGAAACCUAAAGAAGUACAGAAAGCAAACGGAGAACUUCUCGAGGCAUUAUGCAUCAAUUCCAUCGAUCAACAGCAAGCUGCAAUCGCUAGCAAUAAGAAGGGGAUAAUAUUUUUUAACUUUGAAGACGGACGAACUUGCUUUGACAAGUCAAAUUACAUCUGGACAGAUGUCGAUUGGCCAACAGACGGGUGGGCAGGAUCCGAAUCCACACCCGUCCCGACAUGUGUUUCCCCUGGAAUCGGUCUCGGAAGCCGGAAAGGCACACAGCUCGGCUUAGGAGGAGCCACAAUCGGAGUCGGUUUAGCAAAACCCGGAAUCACAGGGGUAAAUACGUCAAGUCUGGGUUGGGAAAUCCAAGAAGAUUUUGAAGAUUUCAUCGAUCCACCUGCAACUGUUGAUAAUAUCAGAACUAGGGCUUUUUCAAGUCACCCUUCUAGACCUUUCUUCUUAGUCGGUUCAAGCAAUACACAUGUUUACCUUUGGGAGUUUGGUAAAAACACAGCUACAGCUACAUACGGAGUCCUUCCCGCUGCAAAUGUCCCACCACCUUAUGCUCUUGCCUCAAUCUCCGCCGUACAGUUUGAUCACUGUGGGCAAAGAUUUGCUACAGCUGCAUUAGAUGGUACAGUGUGCACGUGGCAGCUUGAGGUUGGAGGAAGAAGCAAUGUUCGUCCUACUGAAUCAUCUCUCUGUUUCAACAACUACACAUCGGAUGUGAUGUAUGUGACUGCUAGUGGAUCAAUUGUUGCUGCAGCAGGUUAUAGCUCAAACAAUGUAAAUGUAGUAAUAUGGGAUACACUCGCUCCACCUACCACAUCUCGCGCUUCCAUCAUGUGUCAUGAAGGUGGUGCGAGAUCUAUUUCUGUAUUUGCGAAUGAUAUAGGAAGUGGUUCUAUUUCUCCACUUAUUGUAACGGGUGGAAAAGGUGGAGAUAUUGGAGUUCAUGAUUUUCGUUACAUAGCAACCGGAAGACAAAAAAGGAAUAAAAAUUCUGAUAAUGUUGAACAAAAAUUUAACGCGUCUUCAACUGCUGGAUUACAAAAUAAACAUGGGGACCACAAUCGGAACGGGAUGCUUUGGUACAUACCAAAGGCCCACUCAGGGAGUGUUACUAGAAUAGCAGCGGUUCCAAAUACGAGUUUUUUCUUAAGUGGAAGUAAAGAUGGAGAUGUGAAGCUUUGGGAUGCUAAGAAUGCAAAGUUGGUAUAUCAUUGGCCAAAAUUGCAUGAUAGGCAUACAUUUCUUCAACCUACCUCACGUGGCUUUGGAGGGGUAGUUAGGUUUGAAACUUUGCAGGCUGCCGUGACAGAUAUUCAAGUUGUUUCAAAUGGGUUUCUUUCAUGUGGGGGAGAUGGUUCUGUUAAAUUGGUUCAACUUAGAGAUUUAUGACAUGGGUAUUUUCGGUAUUUUUUUAUGUGUGUAUAUAUAGGGUAAGUAAAUCAUCCAAUUCACCUUCCUUAAUGAUUUUCACUUCACAAAUCACAAUGGCCAAUUGAAAGAUUGGAAUUCGUAACUGUUUUGAUUAUGAUUAAAAGCAUUUUUUUAAA